AGCUGAGACAGCUGUCUGGCGAAUCGCUGCCUGGGUAUAGAAAAAGCUGGUGCUGUGUAAAAUUUCUAAAUUAAGGAAGGUAUUAACGCUAUUGCCUAUACCAUGUCAGCGUUGAUUAAAUCACUGCGCUUGGCCCAGAAACUGAGUGCAGCCAAUCCUGCUCUGUCCCAGCAAAUUGCUCGUAAUCUUGCCGGUUGGAAUAAGGACUACAAGCCAGCGCCGUUUCCAAAAACUGAAAAGGAGCGCGAAGCAGCCGCCAAGAAAUACUAUAUGCUGCCAGAGGAAUACAAGCCGUACGCUGAUGACGGCUUGGGCUAUGGCGACUAUCCAAAGACUGGCGGUGGUCUGGGCAUAGAAGCCAAGGAUAGCUACUAUCCUUACGAUUUUCCCGAGCACAAACGAAAUUUGCACGAGCCUAUUUCAGCUGAUCAUGACUUGUACAGCGAGGAUCGCUACUCACAGCCAGAACAUCCACGUUUCAAGAAUUCUGAAUAUUUCCUGAGUUUCUUUGGCGUAAUGGGCUUCUGCCUGGCACUCUACUAUUGGCUGGAGGACAAGAAAAUGUAUCGUCCCGUUGCUGCAAAGCAAUAUCCCGCUGAUGGCGUCAAGCACUACACCUUCGAGUAAGAACAUUGGCAAUGCUUUAGCUGGCUGUCUUCAAUUGGAUAAGCUACGCCUCAGCUGGAUCCACUUGGUGCGCCAUCUUAUUACCAACUAGAGAAUUAACCAACUUUUUGUUGUAACAUUAAAAAUGAAAUCCAAAAUUAA